CAGCAGACAACGGUAGAAUGCUGGUCCUGUCAAACCUGCGAAAACCAACACAACAUUGAUAUGCUAUGUCUCAUCCUAGACGCUAGAGGGUGCGAAGCAUCCAAGCUCGAAUAAACAUUUCAAAGGCGUCGGUAGAAGAAGAAAAACAAAACAAACGACAAACACUUAGAAAGAGUGCGUUUGUUGAGUGGUUAAUUCUGAGAUAUUUCGGAAGGAAAACUGUUUGUCUUUGUAUACAGAUCAUUUGUCCAUUCUGUCAUUGGGGACGUUGCAGUCUUUCUUUUUCUCAAGUCAGUAUUUAAGUAUUAUUGUCUACGACGACAUGCAGCAGUGUUCGACCUCGCGCCUGAAGCGAAUGCACCCGUCAAACCACACCGAUUCCGCGAGGCUUGAAGGAGUCGGAACUAAAAAGAUGAGUGAGCUCGGUCAACAUAUGGACACACGCAGACAAGCCUGCAUUGACCUGGAGAAAGCCACUAGGUGCAUCACACAAGCAUUACAGCAUGAAAUAGGUCGGAACCAGGAUCUCUGCGUUUUGAUCCAUCGUCUGGAAGAGAAGGAGGCGGAGAUUAGCGGUAGCCUGACAGAGCAGGUGGAGUCAAACAAGGAGCUGAAGCUGAAAGUUGUUGAACUACAGAAAGACCUGGAGGAGAAACACAAGUCAAUGACACAGGCCAACCAGACUGUGGUUUUGCUGAAGAAGGAACUAAGGGAGCUGCGUCAACAGCGGCAAAGCCAACAAAGUAAUAGGACAGUCCAGGAUGUGAAUGAGUGGUUACAGGGUGAAGAGAGCCAGAUCAGGCAAAUCAGGAUUCCCAGCUCUCCUCUCCAGUUAGACGAGCUGACAGCAGCUGAGGAGCCACUGGUCUGUUCAGAACAGCUGAUGUCCUCUGACAGUCAGAUUCCGCUAGUAUCGCCUGACGGUCAGAUUCCGCCGGUCUCGGGGAUUAAAGAAGAAAAUGCUGAUAAUGGAUAUGAGGAGUGCAGUCAGUACGAGAGAACUGAACCCAGAACAGAACGGACACAGACCACCUAUUCAGCUGCAGAUAUUAAAAGCGAACAGAUCCAGACUUCACUGGUCUCGUCUGACGGUCAGAUGCUGCUGGAAGCUGCGGUCUCUGAUGACGAAGAGUAUGGUCAUUCAGUAAAAAGAAGAAGAAACGGGAGCUCCGCAACAGACCAGACCAUGAAUCCAUCGACAGAAAUUAAAGCAGAGCAGGGACAAGAGGAGGGGUUGAACAUGGCUCCAAUCCUCAGCUCUGAAAUGGACCAGUUCCCUACAGACCCGAUGUCUCAGGCCCAUUUAUGGAAAGUGUCAGUGGUGCUGCAGGACUGCUGUCGACCACUAGGGGGCCAAGGGAAGGAUGAGGAGAACAACAGAGAUAAAGAACAGCCUGGUGCCGGGAAAGGAGCAUCUUCCUCGUCCUCCAUCUUACAGAUUGCAGAUACAGAGAAACCAUACUGUUGCUCUCAGUGUGGCAGGAGUUACCGACAAAAGAAGAAUCUCAAACAGCACCAGCGUACUCACACAGGAGAGAGACCAUACCAAUGCGCUCAGUGUGGCAUAGCUUUCACUCACAAGGGCUCUUUGAAACAACAUCAGCGCAUUCACACAGGAGAGAGGCCAUACCAGUGCUCUGAAUGUGGGAAGAGUUUCACUAAUUCGGGAUCUUUGAAACGACACGAAAAAACGCACACUGGAGAGAAGCCAUACUCCUGUUCCUACUGUAGCAAGAGUUUCACUUACAAUCAUAAUCUCAAAACUCAUCAGCGCAUUCACACAGGAGGAAGGUCAUUCGACUGCGCUGAGUGUGGCCAGAGUUUCUCUGAAUGGGAACACCUCAAACAACACAAGCGCUCUCAACAUACAGGCAAAGGCCUGUGCCACUGCACUCAGUGUGGCAAGAGUUUCAUUUCCAACCAGAAUCUCAUACGACACCAGCGCAUCCACACAGGAGAGAGACCAUACCAAUGCACGCAGUGUGAAAAGACUUUCACUGACGGGGGAACUCUUAAACGACACCAGCGCAUUCAUACAGGAGAGAGGCCAUAUCGAUGCACUCAAUGUGGGAAGAGUUUUCAUCAAGGGAUAAAUCUGAAAGUACAUCAGCGAACGCAUACAAAAGAGAGACCGUACCGCUGCACUUACUGCGGCCACAGUUUCACUCGAGAGGACCAGCUCCAGAGACACCAGCUAAAGUUCCACAACGCCGAUCUGGAGAGGGUGUGAAGUGGAACAUGAUCGGCUGGGAGAUCACAGGUUGUUUUGUGAUUAAUGAAAUGUUUUGAAGUUUUAACUAAAGAGUCACAGAAACAAUUAAAGACUGAGAAAAAAAAUGGCCACAUUAAAGUAAAUAGAUAACAGGAAAGACACGAGCAACAUAAAGAAAAUAGAACAAACAUAGAACACAGCUGCUUCACUUGGCCAGGUGGGGCAGAGCCCUGUCAAAGAUUCCUCCACUAGAAAAAAUAGAUCCAUAAAACAAAUCUUAAAUACAAUGUUGUUUGUUAAUAUAGUCACUGAGACAACUACGGAAUAUUUUUUAUAUUCUAAUAAUUUGCACAAUAUAUAUAUUGUAUAUGAUAAUUUGCUGUACUUCAUCCAAUGGCCGAGCUAGCGCCAUUCAGGCUGUCUACUAGCACUCUUCGGGCUGUCAACUAGCGGCAUGGAAGCGGUCUUCUAGUGGCAUUCGGGCUGUCUACUAGUGGCAUGAAAGCGGUCUACUAGCUUGUUAGAUAGCUAAUUACCCCAUUUCUCAACCUCAGAGCUUUAAGCGUAACUCUCGCCAAAAUGCAACCUAGGGUAUUUUUGUGAAUGUACUCACAAAAUAUCAAAAUCAAAGUCAAAGUCAAAAUUUUGUUUAAAAGCAUAAUUAUGUCGGAAGCGCUACUUUUAAGCUUGACCGUAUUGUCGUGUUCAGGUCAAAUGAGAGUGAAUGAGAGUGGUAGGGGAACUACUAUGUUUGAUGCAUGAUCGUGUGAAAAACGUUAUUUUUCAAACACUAAGAAGGCUCGACACACCAUGAAACUUUGAUCAAAGUAUCACCAGGGUCUCUAUACACAAACUCGAGCAUUGAGAACAUUGUUUGUGUACACAGAGUUCACUAAAAAGAAAGGCUUUGGACAACUCACAUUUCUGUGAAGAAUGUUUUGAAUGUAGAAAGCCUCUGGCACAGUCCAAUGCAUAUGUUGCGUUAGCAUUGUCGACUCGACUGGAGAGCCUAACCGGUCCUGACUGCAAGCGACGCGAACAGCGCAAUUCAACGCAACGUUUUGAGAACUUUUGUCAGACGCCCCGUGUCUAUUUCCUUUCUGUCGCUGGUGUUGCUCUGUUAUUUUAAAUGAGAAAUAUUACGCAAUAGAAGGGCAUAUUUAACAGAUUCAGUGUAGACAACGAAUUCAGUGUAGACAGAUAACACCGAAUGCUACAAGAUAGUUGCUUGCUCGGAUCCGGUUAGGACACGUUGUAACACUACAGUAGGUCAUAAAGCAGCUGUCCACGCUCUCAGUCACGUUAGCAUCGUUAGCAUCAUGGACUCGACUGGAGAGCCUAACACUAGCAAAGACUUUCUAAUGUGGAGACACAGACUCAAAAAAUCCUUCAUAGAAAUGAAUGGGGCUAGUUUGUAACG